AAAACUAUGUUGGUAUUCUUUUGUGCAUUAUAUUAUCUUCUUAGCUAGUACUAUUACUCUUUUAUAGUAGUAGGCUAGCCUAGCCAUAAUUCAUAAAUAUAUGGACCACAUUUGGUUCAGUAGGUGAAGAAGAACCCUUUGGGAUUCUAUUUGGUUCAGGGAAGAAGACGCACUAGGGUUCUGGUCAAAUGGUUCUAAUAUAGAACUUUUAGGGCUGCCAUAUAUACAUCAAAUUCAUAGGACCCUUUUUCGGUUCUACUUCUAAGGCUAGGGGCAUGUUGUCAAACCUCAAUCUAUGAGAGGAGAGAGAGCCAGUGCGCGAGCGCGAGCUCAGUUUAUUAACGGCGCCGCACCGAUAACCACGCUGAAGCCGCCCUCCUGUAGCAUCUCCCGGUUUCUCAAUCACACCCCAGUUCUCGGGAAAGAUGGUCGCGGUGGAAACAUCCCCCAACUCGUCUCCUUCGGCUGAAUGGGUCGGCUGUCUGGAUAAAAGGCCUGCGGAGCGUUCUGGAGAGGAUGUGGAUAUUAUUCUGACCAGACUUAAAGGGGUUAAAGCCUUCCAGAGGUUCCACCCCUCCCUGCUGCUGCAGAUCUGCUCCUGUGCCUUCUACGAAUACCUGGAGAAAGGCAUCACCUGGAAUGUUCCGCCAGGGUGACAUCGGGACCAGCUGGUAUGCUGUUCUGUCUGGUUCUCUGGACGUCAAGGUGUCGGAAACAGCCAACCACCAGGAUGCUGUCGCUAUCUGCACGCUGGGAAUCGGGACGGCGUUUGGAGAGUCGAUUCUGGAUAAUACUCCUCGCCACGCCACCAUCGUCAGCAGAGAGACCAGCGAAUUGCUCCGCAUUGAACAGAGAGAGUUCAAGAGCCUAUGGGAGAAGUACCGUCAGUGUAUGGCUGGACUUCUGGCCCCUCCAUAUGGAGCCAUGGAGAGUGGAUCCAACAAUGAUCGGCUGGCAGACAAAGAAGGUCUAGGUUCCAAUACUCUCAGCCUCAUGAACAAGUCUCUCAACAAGGUUCAGUCAGAGAGGCUGCAGCGAGGGGGGAAGGUGAUGCGGAACGCCAUCCUCUCCAGAGCACCCCACAUGAUCAGGGACAGGAAGUACCACCUCAAGACAUACAGGCAGUGUUGUGUAGGUACAGAGCUGGUAGACUGGCUGGUGCAACAGAGUACCUGUGUACACACUCGCUCUCAUGCUGUAGGGAUGUGGCAGGCUCUGCUGGAGGAGGGAGUACUGAACCACGUGGACCAAGAGUUGGGGUUCCAGGACAAGUACCUGUUCUACCGUUUCCUUGACGACGAGGAGGAGGACACCCCGUUGCCUAGCGAGGAGGAGAAGAGAGAGAGUGAGGAAGAGCUUCCUGAGACCAUCCUCUUCCUUGCCCAGAUAGGACCUGACGCCCUGCUGCGCAUGAUCCUCCGCAAACCUCCUGGUCAGAGGACAGGUGAUGAUCUGGAGAUCAUCUAUGAUGAGCUGCUUCACAUCAAGGCCUUAUCCCACCUCUCCAACACUGUGAAGAGGGAGCUGGCCAGUGUUCUGAUAUUUGAGUCCCACGCCACUGCAGGAACCGUGUUGUUUAACCAGGGUGAGGAGGGCACAUCCUGGUACAUCAUCCAGAAGGGCUCUGUCAAUGUGGUCAUCUACGGCAAGGGUGUGGUGUGUACCCUGCACGAGGGAGAUGACUUUGGGAAGCUGGCACUGGUGACAGACUCCGCUCGAGCUGCCUCCAUCGUCCUCAGAGAAGACAACUGUCACUUCCUCCGAGUGGACAAGGAAGACUUCAACAGGAUACUCAGGGACGUGGAGGCGAAUACAGUGCGCCUGAAGGAGCAUGAGCAGGCUGUGCUGGUCCUGGAGAAGAGUCCCAGAGCCUCUACUCUGGGAAACAUCAAGUACACUGUGAUGUCUGGAACCCCUGAGAAGAUCCUAGACCACUUCCUGGAGACCAUGAGGAUGGACACACACCACGCUGACCCAGAUCCUGCGGUAGAUGACUUUGUCCUCAUGCACUGUGUCUUCAUGCCUAACAGCCAGUUCUGCCAGUUGCUCAUGGCACACUACCAUGCGGUGGCUCCCCCGGGUUCGGAGCAGGAGAGGUUGGAGUACGCUGUGACCUCUAAAAGACGAGUCCUCAAUCUGGCCCUGCGCUGGGCGGCAGUACACACACACCAUCUACAGGAGGAGCAAGCAGCACUCACAUUCCUGGAGGAGCUGUAUGGGAGUGUGUCCAGUGACUCACGGAUCCUCAGAGCGCUGAAAGACUUUGUACCCGACUUGGAGAAGGUCGUCAAACUACAUUCAGAAGAGGCCAAAUUGAAAAAGCAGAAGGUCCUUCUUAGAGAGUUCAGCAACGGAGACGAGAGACUAGCGAAGAAACAACCCAUCAGGAACUGUGACGAAAUCCUGUUGAAGGUCUACUGCAGUGACCAUACCUAUACCACUAUCCGGGUUGCCGUGGCAGCCACAGGGAGAGAGGUGACCAGUGCUGUGGCUGACAAACUGGCCUCAAACGAUGACCUACUAUUGGUCCACCUCAGCUCCGCAGGCGAGAAGCAGAUGCUGAAGCCCAAUGAUGUGUCCGUAUUCUCCACUCUGAGCAUCAACGGGCGUAUGUUCGCCUGUCCCAGGGACCAGCUGAAUGCGCUGACCCCUCUCCCAGACCAGGAGGGGCCCUCAGCGGGGUCCAUGUCCAGUUUUGAACUGAUGAGUUCUAAAGACCUGGCCUACCAGAUGACCCUGUAUGACUGGGAACUCUUCAGCUGCGUGCACGAGCAUGAGCUGUUGUACCAUACGUUUGGCCGUCAGAGCUUCAGGAGAACCACCGCCAACCUGGACCUCUUCUUACGCAGGUUCAACCAGGUGCAGCUGUGGGUUGUGACAGAGGUGUGUCUGUGUGGUCAGCUCAGCAAACGGGUUCAGCUGCUCAAGAAGUUCAUCAAGAUCGCUGCUCACUGCCGGGAGUUUAAGAAUCUGAACUCGUUCUUUGCCAUCAUCAUGGGUAUGAGCAACCCUGCAGUCAGCCGACUCACCCAGACCUGGGAGAAACUCCCCAGCAAGUUCAAGAAGUUCUACGCUGAAUUUGAAAGCAUGAUGGACCCGUCCAGGAACCACCGGGCCUACCGGCUGACCGUCACCAAAAUCGAGCCGCCAAUCAUCCCCUUCAUGCCCCUCCUCCUCAAAGACAUGACUUUCAGUCACGAGGGCAACAAGACAUUCAUAGACAACAUGGUCAACUUUGAGAAGAUACGGAUGAUAGCAAACACCAUCCGGGCAGUGAGACACUGCAGGAGUCAGUCGUUCAACCCCGAGGUGUGUCAGCCCAAUAAGAACCAUGCGGAGGUGAGGGGCUAUGUCAGAAAGCUGUGUGUGAUUGACAACCAGCGGACCCUGACAACGCUCUCCUAUAGGCUGGAGCCCCGCAGGACCUGAGCCCGCCCACCAUCACGGUAGUUACAUGUAGAGAUCACAGGUAACCUUCAUCACUGUGACAUGGCUUCAUCGGGCUGCUAUGACUUCAUCUGGAAAACUCAGACCUCUGACAUCACAUUGGAAUUCUUAGCCCUCUAUGACAUCACACAGAACCAUCAGCCUUUGCGACAUCACAUAGAAGAGCAAUGAUUAGAGAUCCGAGAACCUUAAGUGUAAGGUAAAUGUACAUCUAGAUAGAAAACUGCAAGUACUUAAAGUGACUGGGGAAAAAAAUCUGAUUUAAAAAUGAACAACUAUAGAUUUGAGGUCUUUUUUAGUGAUUAUCAGUAUCCCUUACUGAUAAUGUGAAAGUAGAUGUGAAAAAUAUGAAGAAAGUAUAUUGUACCAGUUUCACAAAUACCAAGAUAUUUUACAUAGUGUUAUAGAGAAGCAAAACCCCUAGCAUUGUUAAGCAUCGUUCUGAAAACUGUCCUCAAAUUCUUGCGUUAAAGCACAACUCAUGUAGCAUAUUGUUAUUUCUGUUUAAUCAGUCAUCCUUCUCAGUUGUGUUCUCGUCAUGUACUUUUGCAUAUGUAGAUACAGUAUAUUUGACUUGUGUCUCUUGUUUUACCUCAGGACCUCAUUAUGAUGUCAGUGUGUUGAGUGUCUAGUCUGUCUGAUCUUUAAAUAAAAAAUUAUCUAAUAUAAUAAUCAAAACAUU